GUUCGGCUUCUGAACUCGAACAGAUCAUGGCUAUUCAGGCGCUGACAUUCUCCCUACUGGUGGCAGCCACAGCCGCUACCUCGUCCAGCCACGUCAUGAUCAGUUUCGGCAACGGAAAAACGGUCGAAUAUAGCAACGGCCACGCAUCCACAUCCUAUCAUCCUCAGCCUAAGGCUCAGCCAUCCUACCGUCCUGCUACAUCCCACCACCCUGCUCCUUCUUACAAAUCUGCUCCUUCUUACCACUCGGAGCCUGAGGUCCCUGCUUGUGCCGAGCUGACCAAUUCUACUUGGUGUCUGGAAGAUGGAGAAUACCCUGAGUAUGAGAUCAAACACGCUAUCCAGUACCAUCUGGAUAAGUUCAAUGCCCUGUAUGCCGACGUCGCCGACCUCAACACAGAGCUCUCCGUCGAGCGCCCAGACACCCUGGAGGAGGAGACCUACCUCUGCCCUUCGGAGACCUCCUACAUAAGGCCUCUGAGGGCGCAGAACACGGAAGGCAGAUGGAGGCUCGUCAUCAACGAAAUCAACGUUCAUUACAAGACCUUCACGCAGACUGCUCGUAUCGAGGAGUGUCUUGCGGCAGGAGAGGAGUGCCCCAAGGUGCCCAUAUGCUACGAAUCCACCUGUCUUCAGAAGUCCGUCUACCAACGCUUUGUGGUCUACGAUCCCUACGACCAGUACUUCCCGUUCGCCAUUGAGUCUUUCAAGUUACCUGCGAGCUGUGCUUGCCUCUUGGGAGCAUACACCAUCGACCACUAAAGGAGAAAAUCUCUUAACUUUCGAUUUUCUAACACGAAACGGUUAUUUCUAAGUUUAAGGAUAAUUGACUCCCGUGGUGCACUCAUGAGUCAGGUAGUUAUCUUGUCUUAAUUCAUCUUUAAUCCAUACAUAAACCAGGUGAUUUAUUGUCUUGUAGUUUUACAUAAUGGUUCAAGAGCCAGGUAGUUACAUUUAUAUAAUAUUUCGUAACAUGUUCUGAGUUUUUUGGUGAUCCAUCGUAAUGCAUUCAUGAGCGCAUCUGUGAGCACUCAUGAUUCAGGUAGCUAGCUAAAUUUACUUAUUUCACCAUAGUUCAUUAACCAGGUGAUUGGUUAUCUUGCAGUUCUCCAGACAUAGGUAGUUAGCGUUUGUAAUCUGUCAUAAUCCAUCAAAGCACUCUCUGUAAUCCAUCGUAAUGCACUCAUGGGGGCAUCUGUGAGGAUGUUGCCUUAAAUCGUACAUUAUUUUCUUUUAAAACUUCACUAACAGAAUUAGAUGCUGUGAUGAGCCUUUUCUAGUCCCUGAGCGUGAUGUAGAUUGCCUGCGGUAAACGUGAAGAAAGCAGUUCUCUAGUCAUCGUAACUUACAUGAUUAUCAUUACCUCAAGCAUCUGUGCUCAAUGGUGAUUUAUCUCGAGAAUAAACUAUGAU